UUGAAUUAAUAAAGAAAUCUUUAAAAAAAAAAAAAAGGCAAGAAAAUGGUGUCUCUUCUGAGGAUAUCAGUGAGGGAAAAGUCACCCAUUUUGGAAAAAUAAAAAGAUACCCUUCCUCUAGGUUAGAAGCAGCCCAGUACCAGGGCACAUAACUUGAGCAGCAGAGCUUGGGCUGGAUUUUAGCCCUAACCAGGUUAGAUCCUCUUGUGCAGUGAACAACCUAUACAACUGUACAUGGUGGUACCAAAGGCUACUGUAGGCUCUUGAUCAAAAUAGGACCAAGAAGAGAGCAGAGAAUUGGCAGGGCUCAGGGGUGUCUGUUCACAAGGGCCCCAUAGUUCCCCCUUGCUUCCAUUUGUUCCCAGAGACGAGGGCUGGGAUGCUCCUUGCCCAUGGCCACCCCAUGCUGUGCCUCCUCACUGUCUGUGUUUUCCUCUCUGGCGGGGCGCGGGGCGGCCCCUAGGUGUCCAGCCACAUACAGGUUCUAGCUCGGAAGAAGGUGCGGGAGUACCAGGUUGGCAUCAAGGUCUCUAGCCACUUGCAGGUUCUAGCCAGGCGGAAAUCUCGAGAGAUUCAGUCCAAGCUGAAGGCCAUGAACCUGGACCAGGUCUCCAAGGACAAAGCCCUCCAGAGCAUGGCAUCCAUGUCGUCCGCCCAGAUCGUCUCCGCCAGCGUCCUACAGAACAAGUUCAGCCCGCCCUCCCCUCUGCCCCAAGGCGUUUUCUCCACUUCCUCACGGUUCUGGAGCAGCCCCCCUCUCCUGGGACAGCAGCCUGGACCCUCUCAGGACCUCCUCAUCCACUUGUCCGUCCGGCCGCCCUUCGGUUACUUCUCCCUCCGUCGCUGUCGCAUCAAGCCCUUUGCACAGCCAGCCUACCCCAUCCAGCCGCCCCUGCCGCCCACGCUCAGCAGUUACGAGCCCCUGACCCCGCUCCCCCCAGCUGCUGCCUCUGUGCCCGUGUGGCAGGACCGCACCAUCGCCUCCUCCCGGCUGCGGCUCCUCGAGUAUUCAGCCUUCAUGGAGGUGCAGCGAGACCCUGACACGUACAGCAAACACCUAUUUGUGCACAUCGGCCAGACGAACCCCGCCUUCUCAGACCCGCCGCUGGAGGCCGUCGACGUGCGUCAGAUCUACGACAAGUUCCCUGAGAAGAAGGGUGGACUGAAGGAACUCUAUGAGAAGGGGCCCCCGAACGCCUUCUUCCUUGUCAAGUUCUGGGCCGACCUCAACAGCACCAUCCAGGAGGGCCCCGGAGCCUUCUAUGGGGUCAGCUCUCAGUACAGCUCAGCAGAUAGCAUGACCAUCAGCGUCUCCACCAAGGUGUGCUCCUUUGGCAAGCAGGUGGUGGAGAAGGUAGAGACGGAGUAUGCCAGGCUGGAGAACGGGCGCUUCGUGUACCGCAUCCACCGCUCCCCCAUGUGCGAGUACAUGAUCAACUUCAUCCACAAGCUGAAGCACCUGCCGGAGAAGUACAUGAUGAACAGCGUCCUGGAGAACUUCACCAUCCUGCAGGUGGUCACGAGCCGGGACUCCCAGGAGACCCUGCUUGUCAUUGCUUUCGUCUUUGAAGUCUCCACCAGCGAGCAUGGGGCCCAGCACCAUGUCUACAAGCUCGUCAAAGACUAGGCCACCGUCGGCCCCCAGCACCAGGAUCCAGGACAAGCAUCUUUUCCACACACCUGCCUGGCCCCUCCCCCCCGCCCCCCGGAGGUCUGGACUGAGGACUCACCCGCCUGCCAGGCCUCAGGCCCAGGACCCAGGAGGCCUCCCCACCUACCCCCAGCACACACACUCCCUGCCACUGUUCUGCGCUUUAAUUGUGGGAGAAGAGGAGGGCUCCGUGGUGGGGCAGCCUGCCCCGGACGCUGAACCAUCACCCAGCUCUGCCCAGCCUCCAGUGAGCGGAUCCGACCCCUUCGGGCUCAGGCAUGUGUGGCCAGCAGGGGAGGGUAGAAUGGAGAUCGAGGAGGUGAGAGUGCAGAGGCCCCAGGAAGGAGAGUGUCGAGUUGGGGUUAGGGUGAGGAGGAGAGAGAGGGGCCCCCACUUUCUUGCACCUGUGGCGUGCCAGGCCUGGUGCUAGGCCCUGUGUGUGCCUGGCGCCGUUCUCAGACCGGGCAAGGCAAGCGUGGGUCUUGAUGUCUCAUGAUGGGCUGAAACUCCGAGAAGUCGAGGGACCCAGCAAGGGGGGCGGAGUUGGAAUUCUCAUCCGGGGCUGCCUGUCCCCAGAGCCCAGGUAUACACUGCCUCCCUGGAGUGGGGGGCCAGCCGCAGGGGGUGGGAGAGACGGUCUGUACUGGGGGCUGGGGCCAGCCAGGUUGGGGGCCUCCUCCCAGGGGAGCAGCUGCUUCUGACCAGGCAGGAAAAGAGGAGCAGCAGGUGCUUGGCACCUGUUAGGUGCCCUCUGUCAGCCCACAGUGCAGCCAGGGCCUCGGGAGCCCCUGUGCCAACCUCCUCCAAGCUGCUCCGGCCCACAUCCGGGGCCUGAGCCCCUCAGCACCUUCCUGACAGGAGAAGGCCCCCAGGGUCAGGCUCCAAAAUAGCUUGGAGGGUCAAGUAGGAAGAUGGGAGUCCCAGCCUCUGGGCAGACCAGUGUCCCAGGGACAAGGGGUAGCAGAAGGAUUUGAUGUUUUCAAAUGCCCAACACUUGGGUUUGGUGAGCCCUCGGUGGGCACCACUUCCUUACGUUUCUCUCCACCUCCAGUCUCCCAGGCCUGGAGUAGCAGCUCCCCAGAGCCAGUUCUGGGACUGAAGGUUCACCCUUCCCCUGCUGCUCCUCCCCAACAGCCAGAGCCCUCAGCCAGCUUGGCCUGUCUACCAGCCACCUCUGGGCAUUGACGAGUUUCAUAUGAAGUACUGUGCCCCUUCCCUUCCGUACACCGCCUGCCCCUGAGCUUCCUGAAGGUCCUCACAGUUUGCAUAUUGCUCAGGCCACUUCCAAACCCAACCUAGGUUUUAUAAUGUAUAUUAUAUUUUUUUGUGUAUUUUUUAAAUCCAGCUGUGAUGGGUUAUAUCAUAAACGUGGCGCGGGGCUGGGGCAGGGGUCCUCAAGGCCCGGCUCCUGCUCCAAAAAAAAAAAAAAAAAAAAAUUAAAGUUAUUUGUUUGUGGGUUAGUUGUGUGACUAGCGUGUGGCAGACCUCUCUGGGCUGGAUUAGCUUUGUGGGGGUCCUCCCGCUAGGUUAGGUCCUGAUGUGUCACCCCACCCUCCCCCAUCUCUGCUGGGGGGACCCACACCAUACCCACUCAAAAUAGGUAUGACUCAAAGAUCCCAUAAAAGCUUUGCACACUCCCUUUCUCUGACCCCUUCCUGCCGUGAGUUGAGUGCUGAAAUGUGCCCAGUGCUGGCCUAGGUUCAGUUGUUAAAUUGUCUCUUUGAAAUGACUUGCCCAAGGUCACACAACUACUGACACAGAGCCCCUCCUAGCUCCCCAGUCUUCAUGAUGGCUGCUACUGGUUCUCACUGUCCUAUCCUCACUUGAGAGCAGAGAAGACAGCCUCAAGGAGGAUGAGUGUUCUCCCAAGGGGAUGGCUGCUAGGAGGGGAAACCAGAUUCCAACCUGUUCUUGUCUGCCUGGGAGAGCCCUGCUCUCCUCUCUGAGCCGGCUUGUGCACAUACCACAGGGACCACAGGAGGGGGAGGGAACCUGCGUUGUUUGAAGUUCAGAUUUAAAUGAGCGUCCUGUAUUUUCAUUUGCUACAUCUGGCAACCCUACUCUAGAAUCUACUGUCUUCUAGAUCAUUGAUCCAAGUUUGCAGAUGGGGAGACAAACUGAAGUUAAAUGUUCUCUUCACCGAGCCAGUCACUGGCUACACCAAGAUUUGAAUCUGCUCAGCCCGACUCCCAAGUCCAUGCACAUGGUCGACAAUUUAAAUCAUCAGGUAGCCUUUUGUCUUAGUCCACAACAUUGGAUAGACCCCAGGCUGUCACUUGCAGGAUGGGGACGGUGCCUGGAGCCCCAGGCAGGUAGGUGGGGGUCCUGGGUCAGAAAGUGGUUUAUGAAGGACCCACCGUGUGCCAGGCCUAAGGCUGGAUGCAAAAUCCAAUCUCUGGGCUAACAGGUAAUUCAGUCUGUUGGGUGCUUGAGGCAUCAUCACGUGCGUUGUUGCCUUCACUCUCCUGGAGUAAACAGCCUUCAGGUAAUUUCUUUUAGAAUCAUGUAGGUCUCAUGCAGAAAACUCAAGUGAAAUAUGACUGGCCUCCUAGCUUGUCUCCUGACCCCACUCCGCCCUGCCCCACUACUGCCCUCCCUCCCCAACGUAACAGAGCUAGAGGUCGGUGAUGAGUAGUUUCAAGGUCCCAAAGUAAGGAAGGAACCAGAAUAAGGUAAAUCUUGUGUGCCCAAAGCCUAGGGCCCUCUCCUGGAAGUGGCUCUCCCCUGCUCUGGGUUCUGUGGGAAGCUCUAAGGAAGGGCCAAGAUGGCUGGACCUCAAAGACCAGGACUGUAGUUCUGUCUUUCCUGCCCUGUGCCUGUUCUGAUGUUCCCAGGGAAGAGGGAGGAAUGCCAUUUUGGUGGUCAACGCCACACUCCAGGCCUAGGCACCAUUCUGAGGUUUCACGGGGGCUCUUUUUAUUUCCCUGUAGCACAAAUGCCUGAGAACUGGGGCUCUCCAGAUAGCUGAACUCUGAAUCCUAACUCAGGUGCACACUAAGCCUUAGACUAAUCAUCCCAGAGGCUGGGACUUGGUUAAACAGCCAACUUCAUUCACAGUGGAAUCAGUCGGCCUCCACACGUUUUCCCUUUGCUUUCCCUUCUCCUGCCUACUCCUCUUUCUUGUGGUGCUGUGGGCCUUGGGAGAGCGGGCACUGGGCUCUGCGGAUUCCCCACAGCCCAGCAGAAAGCAGGGAGUCAGCAUUUGCUUAAUAUAGUGGGUUUUUAAGGACUCCCACCCCAGGGCGUAAGGCUUGAUAGAAUGGGUCCGAUUUAAAUCCACGUGACUCAAAUCAAUAAUCCAGGAAGACUCAAGUUCCCAAGUAUUUCUAAAACGCCCCCUUGCCCUCCCGAGUUUCCAAAACUAUUAAAAAAUGUUUAAUCCUUGGCUCAUUUCAAACAGGAAGGCGUGACUAAUUUUGAAGCCACCUUGUUCUCCCCAUUCCUCAGCACCUAAACCCAACUGAGCCAGACAAGCAGAUAUUUGUGUGCUGGGGCUGGAACCCGUCUGUCUAUAGCCACACGUGAUUGCCAUUUCACAACUGCUGUUUGAGCGCUUAGAGCCUGGCACCGCACAAAACACGUUAACGCUUUGAAAGUGGUCCUACUGUCUUAGGUGCCAUCAUCUGCGCUUUCAGGUGAGGAAACCGUUUUGAGAAUACUCAACAGGCUCACAGGCCUCCUGAAUGGAGAACUGGGAUUCAAACUCAGGGAGUGGGAGGGGUUCUGCCCGCAGGCAAUCACAGGGUGGCCUUCUUGCACCCACUGAACAGUUGAGCAGACAUGGGAAGUGAGAAACCGCCUUUAAAACCCUUCGCUCCACAGCUACUGUCGGGACAGUGCGGCCGCUGGUGGAACAGAAACGUCUCUCCGGUCUCAGGCUCAGACCCCCUGCCCACCGAGGCCCUCAGGAUUGGCUGCUAGCCAUGCAGCUGGGGCCCAGCUUAGCGAACUUUGAGGACUUGAGGCUUCUGCCUCGUGGCUCUCAGCCUGAGAGCACACACUGUGAGGCUGGACAGAUGCCAUUUCUGAUUACACUUAGUCCUCAAAAUACCCUUUUGCCUUAGUUUUUCUUCUGAUUACAAAGAUCAUAGAACUUCAGAAAAUCCCAAUCAUUUUUCUCCCUGAGUUAAGCAUGGCCAACAUUCUGAUAUGGAAACUUCCAAUCACUUUUACUCUGCAUAAACUUUCUCCUUUCAAUAAAAUUGGGUCCCAACUA